UUUGUGAUAGCAUAUUACAUUGAGAUUCAGACAAGGAGUAAAACAAUGUAAUGAACAAGGCCCUACAGACAAGAAGUAAAAUGUAAUGAAAAAGGCCCUACACAAUCAAGAGUGCCAGAGGCUAUAAUAAAUACCAUUAAAUUAGGAACAUAAACAGUAGAACCGCUCAAGAUAGCAGUUUGCCAAGUAUUUGUGUUAAAGCUUUAAGAUAAGUACUGGGGUGGCAAAUUACACUCUGAAAUCCAUGUACUUGGUGCCUUUCAAAAUACAUCCCUGAAAAUGCCACUCAUCUUGAAAGUCAGUCAAGUCUUGACAGGUAUUUUAAACAACAAUUUUAUUAUAUCCGACAUCUCUGCUGAAAGUUUCAUGAAAGUUAAAUAUCUAAGCUUAAAACUUCAAUCUGCUGUGGUGUUUGCUUUCCCAAGCCCAUCCUUGCUGUCUGCAUUGGCUACACAGACAGCACAGCUGCAGCAAGAAGUGAGGGACCAAGUGUGACCCUAAUUUUGUCUGGGGCAAAAUCAGAGAACAUAUACAGUGUGCAAGAGGAGGAAAGAAGGAAUACUUUCAGGGGGAGGGCGAGCAUGUGGGAGUCUGGGUGAGAGGGGGAGACCUGGGCCCUGAGUCGUCCUGCCUAUAAUCCCCAUCACCAAACACUCAUUCAGUUAUCAGAAGCAUUUCAGAGCCCUUGAGAUUAAUGGCUGGUGCCAUGUAAACAGAGCCUUAUAUUGGGAAGAACGAGUCACCAACAAGCCAGUGUGCAGCAGGAGACCGAGGCAGCCUCCUGUCCCUCGCAGUCCCAGCCAUCCCGAGAUGGGCAACAGUUUGAAAGCCAUACUUGCUGUUGUGCCCUCUAACAAGUGCCAGAAGUACCUCCUAGAAGACCUAGAAGAGAUGCCAGUGGAUAAAAUGGUCGAUUUGAGUGGCAGGCAGAUGAGGCGGCUGCCUGUGCACAUCUGCUCUUUUAGGGAAUUGGUUAAGCUGUACCUGAGCGACAACAACCUGAACCAUCUGCCCCCCGAGCUGGAGCAGCUGCAAAACCUGCAGAUCUUGGCACUGGACUUCAACAACUUCAAAGCACUGCCCCUAGUUGUGUGCACGCUGAAGCAGCUGUGCAUCCUCUACCUGGGCAACAACAAGCUGUGCAGCCUGCCCCUGGAGCUCCGACUCCUGCAGAACCUGAAGACGCUGUGGAUCGAGUCCAACUGCCUGCAGUACCUGCCCGAGGUGGUGUGCGAGCUCAGCCUGCUCAAGACGCUGCACGCGGGCUCCAACGCCCUGCGCGGGCUCCCUCGGCAGCUGCAGGGCCUGCAGGAGCUGCGCACCAUCUGGCUCUCAGGGAACCUGCUCUCCGAGUUCCCGCCCGUGCUCCUGGACAUGCCCUUCCUCGAGGUCAUCGACGUGGAUCGCAAUUCCAUCCGCUUCUUCCCCAGCCUUGCUCACCUGCCCGGCCUGAAGCUGGUGAUCUACGACCACAACCCCUGCAGGAACGCGCCCAAGGUGGCCAAGGGGGUGCGCAGGGUGGGCAGAUGGUCAGAGGAGAGCCCCGAGCCCCGCAAGCGAUCGGGGGCGGUGAUAGAUAUCACACUGGACGAGAAGCCAUUGCUGCCUCCUGCCGCCAAGGCCGAGCCCGACGCCGAGCCCUGCUGACGCUCAGCUGCCCCUUCUGGCCAAGGUGGCAGCGCACUCCCGCCGCCGCCCAACCUCUACCUCUCCCUUGCUUGCUGGUGUCCAGGGAGCACCACACCGCAUGGCAAUCUUAGGAGUACGUGCACCAGCUUGGAGAUAAUGUGACAGCACAACUCUUGUACAGACACCUCUCUGUCUUUGUGCAGCACCCAGCACCCUCCAUAGAACAGACUCCUUCUGUCUCCCACGCUGAGACCACACAGUUCACAACAGAGAUAAGACUCAGUUUAGAUGUUUGCCAUGGGGGGAUUGCAUGGAGGACAUAUGGACUUGCUGCUCCUCACCCAUGGGCUCACUCUUCUCCCUUCCACCUUCUUGAGGUGUCCCAGCUCAGCUGAAACCCACUGCUCAAUGUGAUCCCCACAGCUCUAAAGCAGCAUUGGUCUCAAAUUACUUUAUCUGAAACAGCAAUACCUUGAAGGCUUCCCUGUCUGCUGAGUGGGAAGUGGUAGCAGAGUCCCGGCUGCACUAUCAAGAAAACAGCACAUACGUACAGGGGGCUCUCCUCUUUCUUCCUGCAAAAUUUGUGACAACUGUUUCAUCACUGCUGAGCAGUAUUCAAAUGAUGGUGAGGAAAGCUGUAGGCUUUGGUGCUGGGUUUUGUUACUGACAGCACUGCCUCUAAGGACAGCUGUAAAGGAAAAGUUUUCAUGCAGGAGCAAAGAAGAAAAUCAAAGCCUGACUAAAAAGGAAAAGCCACAGGAGCUGCAAAGGUAAAGUUGCAUGAAUAAAAUCCAGGCCUGUGAGCUGUCACUAUAAGCUUGCACAUAAUCUGACGAGACAAACUUUACUCAGAUGAUUUCAGCUGGGUAUUUCUCAAGCUUGCAACUUGGAGCAGUUCAGAUCCCCUAAAAAUGCACUUUUUUCCUAAGCUUUGCUUUAAGUGAGUAAUAGAAAUCUGGCUCAAAGUGACAUUUUAAACUUUAUAGACUCCAUAGCAUGGUUGAAUUAGGUUUUUUAACAAGGAUGGAAAGCCCUUGGUGGCACACUCUGAGUCUGUCUCACCAGCACAGCCUGCAGAAGCAGCGGUUGACUUCCCAGAAAAGGUUUGAUUUCAUGCCAGUUCGUGACUGUUUAAUGUCAUCUACAUGCUUGAAAAAUUAUCUGGAAAUACAUACUCUGCUAGCACUUGUUGUGUUGUAAAAUGAAGUCCAAAUUUGCAUCUGGCUGGCACCCAUGUAGUGU